AAAUCAAAAGUUAAAACCCAAUAUCCCACGUCGAAGAAACCCUUCUUUUAUUGUUUCCACUGGUUUUGGAACCCUAGCGUCCUGCCCCUUUCAUCUUCUCAGUCUCCGUUCCUGGUCGAUCGGAGCGGGGGCCGAACAGUCUAUAUCAAACGGUAUUGAGCCCCUUUUCCCCUUUAUCUACUCCGUCUCUUGUCCCAGUCGAUUGCAGCGGCGGUUUCUCUCUCCAUAUAAGGGUAUUGAGCCCCUGCCACUUCUUUUUCUCCGUCUCCAUUCUCAGUUGACUGCAGCGGCGGCCGGCGAGUCUGCAUCUGAGGUUAUUGAGCCCCCUGCCCCUUCUUCUUCUCCGUCUCCGUCCCCAGUCGAUUGCGGCAGUGACUCUCUUCUCAGUUGAGUUGAGCAGCUCAGGCAUUGGGUAUUUAGUUUGAGUUUUUUGGGGGCAAAGAAAAUAGCCUUCUAAGUUUUGUGGUGAAAAGAUGUCAGAAGAAGAAACCACUAGGCUAUAUAGAAUCAGGAGAACUGUGAUGCAAAUGUUGAAGGAUCGUGGUUAUUUGGUUGGAGAUUUUGAGAUUAACAUGACCAAAGCCCAAUUCAUCGAUAAAUUUGGCGAGAGUGUCAAGAGGGAGGACCUUGUUAUUAAUAAGACCAAACGAAUUGAUACAUCUGAUCAGAUAUAUGUUUUCUUCCCAGAGGAGCAGAAGGUUGGUGUUAAAACAAUGAAGACUUACACCAACCGUAUGAAAUCAGAGAAUGUAUUCAGAGCAAUAUUGGUUGUUCAACAAAAUUUGACUCCAUUUGCCAAGACAUGCGUCAGUGAAGUAUCAUCAAAAUUUCACUUGGAAAUUUUUCAGGAGGCCGAGCUGCUGGUCAACAUUAAAGAGCAUGUUCUUGUUCCUGAGCAUCAGGUGCUUACAAAUGAAGAGAAGAAGACCUUGCUUGAACGUUAUACAUUGAAAGAAACACAGCUUCCUCGCAUUCAGAUCACUGAUCCAAUUGCUCGAUAUUAUGGGUUGAAGCGUGGCCAAGUUGUCAAAAUUAUCCGUCCAAGUGAGACUGCGGGAAGAUAUGUAACUUACCGCUAUGUUGUAUGAUUUCCUUUUGCUCUAUAUUUUAUAUAAUUAGUGGUUGCGUAGUCAUCAUUUAAGGAGCUUGAGUUACUGUGAACGACUGAUGUUAUGCGUUACUUUUGUAUCGAGGAAAUGUGAACUAUGGAAGGACCUUUCCAUCUUUUGGGACUUGAUUGCAAUUUUCUGAAGUCAGACAUGGCGUUAGUAACAAUGCAAUGCUGUUUAACUUGCUCA